CGCGAGGCCGCGCCGGUUCGGCGGGGCCCGGGGCCGAGCGCUCCCCGUGAGCCGCGGGGCCGGGCCGGGAGCCCCGGGCGGGACCCCCGGGCCGGCAGCCCCGGGCGGGCCAUGGCGGGGAGCGGCGGAGCCGGGGCGGCCCCGCGGGAGCACCGUCUGCAGCCCGGGGACACCCUGCAGGGGCUGGCGCUGCGCUACGGGGUGACGAUGGAGCAGAUCCAGCGCGCCAACCGCCUCUACUCCUCGGACAGCAUCUUCCUGCGAGCCACGCUGCUCAUCCCGGGACAGCGCCACGGCCCCGGCGACACCGGCGGGGACACUCCCGGUGACACUCCCGGUGACACUCCCGGGGACAGCCCCCCUAACAGCCACGGUGACGGCCCCGGGGACGGUCCCGGCCGCUCCCGGCGCGACCUCUCGGCCUCGGAUUUCCUGCGGCGCUUGGACGCCGAGAUCGGGCGCUGCAAGGAGGCGGCGGCGCUGCGGCUGCAGGGCCCGGGCUCCAGCCCCGCCCCGGCUGGGGGUGGCCCCGCGUCCCCCCGCGUGUCCCCGACUGUCCCCGCGUCCCCUCGGGGGGCCCGGCUGGGACCCCGGCCCCUCACCAGGACCCCGCGGGCGGCCGCGCUCAGGGACAGCGAGGACGAGAUCUUCACCUUGUGACAACAGUGGGGACACUGGGGACACUGCAGUGGGACACUGGGGACACCCAGGACGAGAUCUUCACCUUGUGACAACACUGGGGACAUUGGGGACACCGCAAUGGGACACUGGGGACACCCAGGACGAGAUCUUCACCUUGUGACAACACUGGGGACACCGCAGUGGGACACUGGGGACACCCAGGACGAGACCUUCACCUGGGGACAUUUGGGACACCGAGAACCCGACCUGGGGACACCCAGGAUGUGACACCGGGAUGUGACACCAGGAUGUGACACCGGGAUGUGACACCGGGAUGUGACACCGGGAUGUGACACCGGGAUGUGACACCGGGAUGUGACACCAGAGGUGCCACCGGGAGGUGCCACCGCUCCUCGCUGCCAUGGACCCCGAGGGGACACUUUGGGGACUUUGGGGAGGUGUCCUGGUGUCCCCUCCCUGUCCCUGUUUGGGGCCGCAGGGACAGCUGGGAGCCCUGGGGACAGGGACGGGGACAGGGACGGUGCCACCUCCCCUGCCAGCUUGUAAAUAAACCGGAGCAUUGUCA